GCAAGAUGGCCGCGGCUGAGGAGGAUGGUGGUGUUGGGGCUGAAGCCGACCGGGAAUUGGAAGAGCUUCUGGAGAGUGCUCUUGAUGAUUUUGAUAAGGCCAAACCCUCUCCAGCACCCCCUCCUACCACCAUGGCCCCUGAUGCUUCGGGGUCCCAGAAGAGAUCGCCGGGAGACACUGCCAAAGAUGCCCUCUUCGCCUCCCAAGAGAAGUUUUUCCAGGAACUGUUUGACAGCGAGCUGGCUUCCCAAGCCACUGCAGAAUUCGAGAAAGCAAUGAAGGAGUUGGCUGAGGAAGAGCCCCACCUGGUAGAGCAGUUCCAAAAGCUCUCAGAGGCUGCUGGGAGAGUAGGCAGUGAUGCGACUUCCCAACAAGAAUUCACUUCUUGCCUAAAGGAGACAUUAAGUGGACUAGCCAAGAAUGCCACUGACCUUCAGAACUCUGGCAUGUCAGAAGAGGAGCUAACCAAGGCCAUGGAAGGGCUGGGCAUGGACGAAGGAGAUGGGGAAGGGACCAUCCUCCCCAUCAUGCAGAGUAUCAUGCAGAACCUCCUGUCCAAGGAUGUGCUGUACCCGUCACUGAAGGAGAUCACAGAAAAGUAUCCAGAAUGGUUGCAGACUCACCGAGAAUCUCUACCUCCAGAGCAGUUUGAAAAAUAUCAGGAACAACACAGUGUUAUGGGCAAAAUAUGUGAACAGUUUGAGGCAGAAACCCCCACAGAUAGUGAGGCCACUCAAAAGGCUCGUUUUGAGGUGGUGCUGGAUCUCAUGCAGCAGCUACAGGAUUUGGGCCAUCCUCCAAAAGAGCUUGCUGGGGAGAUGCCUCCUGGCCUCAACUUUGACCUGGAUGCCCUCAAUCUCUCGGGCCCACCAGGUGCCAAUGGCGAACAGUGUCUGAUCAUGUGAAACACAACAUGCUUUCCCUGAUUCCCAGCCGUGGGGGAACGUCUGGAGUCAGCAGAACCACUGGGAGCUGAGGCAGGAGUGUCGUCUACAGGAGUGGUCUGCCCACUGCCAUCUGUCAUCCCACCCAAGAUUGUGCCAUACCAGCUGAGGCUUUUUCUCUGUCUCUCUAGGAAUAAGGCCUGUUCUGCAGAUCAUUUAUGUGAACCCUUUCCAUUGUGGUUUCUGCUGCCAGCAAAGGCCCAGCUACCUACCAGGUGAAGGAAGGUGUCCCUUUUGGGGCAUGCACCUUCUUUCCUCUCCCAAAAUAAUGUUAUACAGGGCCACACUGAGUUCACUUUUGUACCCAGGGUCUUCGUGCCUUGUCUCUACUCCCUGUCUUGGACCUGGGGAGCAGGGACAGAGUCCUAGGACUCUAUAUUUCUAUAGUUCUCUUGGGCAGCACCUGUGGGAAUGAAUGGGGAGAAACUUAGCCUGGGCUGGGGGUUUAGGUCUGUCACCACACCCUCUUGCCUUCAGACUGUUCUGAAUUCUCUGAAGGGAAAGUAAGUGGGGGGGCUUUUGCAUCUAAAAAUGCUACUCUUUCACAGUAGGUUGAAAGAGAAGCCCUGGGAUUCUCCUCUCUCCAGGUACAGAGUCCUCAACUGCCUGUUCCAGCCUGAAAACUCAAGUAGCUGCCCUGUUCUUUCUAUAAUGCUAUGUGAUCUGGGUGAACUCAGCCCUUGACCUUCCUUUACCCCCUGCCUCUCCUCUCAUCUCCCUAUUUUAAAUACCUCUUUAUUCCAACCCUUCUCUGAGCCCAAACUGUGACAAAGAAAGACCCAUCCUGUUUACCCUCAUCUAGUCCAUCCACCACCCUCACUGGCCCCCCUGUCUCCCUGGCAAAUGUAUAUAAUUAUAGUGUCAGGUCUAGGAAAUGAAUUACUGUUCUUCCCCAGAUACAUUUUGGCUUAUUUGAGACAUCUGAUUCCUUUGAAUCCUGUUCAUUGAUUCAGGGAGGUAGCUUGGGAAAUUGGGGGUGGGAUGCAGCCUGGGUCCUUUUUCCUGACUAAUAAAUAUUCUGAG